AAGAUGGCUCCCAUUCGCAUCAACGCAGUCGCGUACAUCUCUGCCAAUAACCACCCAGUUCUUGUCAGGUCUUUUGUCGACAGUGGGAAUGCUCUCAAGUACCAUUAUAUCGCCCACACUGCCCUGGAUGUCAUAGAAGAGCGAGUGAACGAGGCGAAGCAUCCCUACCUCGGCCUCCUGUAUUCAAUUGACGACGUCGCUGUCUAUGCCUACACGACACCGCUAAACCUCAAGAUCGUCCUUGCUCUCGCUCUAGCAGACGCAGUUAUUCCCGAUAUCAAAGUCCACACGAUCUUCAAAGCAUUGCAUAUGGCUUACUACCAUGCAGUAUCGAACCCAUUCCUUAAUCUUGACCCAGCAAACCCUGUACCGCUCAACUCGCCCAAAUGGAAGAAAUUUACCCGACAACUGGACGAGAUCUGUGCUGUCGUAGGAGCCGGAGUAUAACGGUUUGGAUGGAUGUUCGUUGUGAUCCUAUGCCGUUAUCGAGGCCGCGGUGUCUAGUCCAGGCAAUAGAGCUCCUUUGGGAUUUCACUCUACUGGCUUGCGACCCCCUCUCCAAGACACGGAGAAAGGGGAGAAGCACCAACAACAAACAUGCCCUUCAUUGACUCUCCUGUUUUGAGAUCAC